AUGGCUCCAACAAACUUCAAUAAACCCUUGAAGAAGAUUCGCACCAAUCCUAAACCGGUUACUGAUCGACAGCUUGCUUUCUUGGCUCAAAAGAAGAGAGACCAGCAUCAGACCAUCAAAUCACAAUCUCACUUCAUCCGACGCAAGAACGGAGUUAAAACAGGUGAAGGCUCAAACGACGCACCAUCACAAGAUGCCACCUGGCCAGAUGAUGGGAUGACCAAUCCCGGAUUUGAUGACCUUGAAGAUCAAUAUCGCCAGGGUUAUGACCCAGCCCAGGCCACCAACCUAGACGAUUACACAGACGAAGAUGGUUGGGAAGAUGUGGACGAAAUGGAGUACGACUCGGAAGACGAUGAAAUCAUUUCCGGCCUUCGGCGCGCGCACUAUGAUGCCCAGAGACUCAAACACAAAGUUGAAUGGGCACAUCAGUGUGCCCUUAUGGUCUCUCUGUUUCUUCGAUGUCGUCUAUUGACAUCCAAUUGGGGCGAUUUGAAAAGAUGGAAUGAGGAUUUGAGAACAUACAACAUUUCUAUGACAGUUCAAUCAAUCAAAAGGCGAGCCAAGGAAAUUAAAAAGAGGUUGGUUGAAGCUGAAGCAGGGCUUGAAAAAUUGAGGAAGCAACACCCAACACAUACUGUUGUCUAUCUGGAGACACAGUGGAAUAGACAGAAGGAACUACAAAAAAAGGCCAUACAGGAGAGUGCAGACGAGAAGCGCGAACAACUUACAGUGCUUAUGAAACUGGAAGAGGAGCUUGUUGAGGCACGUGACAAGCUCGCAGAGAUCGAAGCAAAAAGUCGAAGAAGCCGAACAAAUGAGGAGCGCAAUGAGCUACUCAGAUUACCUCGUUCAGUAGUGCUUCUGGAGCAAAAAGCCCUGAGUAUGGCUAAGGAGAUUGGUUCCGAACACUUUCAUCAAUCCACAGUUAAGGUGUUCAUUAUGGUAAGGGCAGAUGGCGAAAGAAAGUCUCUACUUACAAUAGCGCUGGCCAAGGGCCAACUUUAUGAGGCCAAGGUUGGGGUAGUUGAGUACCAGAGACGUGCUCGGCUUCAGACAGGUAUUUUUUGA